AUGGCCUCUUCAGGUAGCUCAGAGAAUGAGGGGCUAGCUGAGCUCCUCAAAGAGACGUUGAAGGAGCUACGAAAUAUCUCCUCAAAGCUGGGUGAACAAAGCAAAGCAAUUCAAGCUAUGACUAAAACGCAAUUUCAACCUCUAUCACUUGCCGCUGAACAGCCGAUGGACAGCAACACGACCAUGAGGAGGCAGCCUAUUAUUGAAAAUGAGUUAUACUAUAAUCAGGAUAAAUCAUCGCACUUGGAAGAUGAGCCGCAGGACACUACUACGUCAGAAGCUGGUUCUGUUAUAGCUCCCCAGUUUUUAUCAGCAGAUGAAAGUAGGAUCUCUGCUUCUUCCGCUGCGAAAGAUGCUCCAGAUAUUUCAGCCGCACAACCAACCAGAAGACUAAGUGAUUCUUCAAAAAUAAACAAUGAUCCGCAGAUUACAGCCGCUCAGUCAUUUAAGAGACCAACUACUUCCUUAACGAUGAACAGUGCCCCGGAUAUCUCUAAAAUACGAUUUUUGAGUAAAUCAAUUGCGUCCUCAGCAGAUAACAGUGCUCCGCUACCAUCUGCUGCUCAGCCGACAAGAGAGUCAAGAGUUUCCGCAUCGACUGAAAGUUCGAUGCAACGUCUGGGAACUCAUGGAGAAUCAAAGGCUUGGGAUCGGUUCAAACGACUACCCUAUGAUCAUCGACUUCACCUGAACUUUGAAUCUUUCCGGGAUUUUCUCUCUACGAAGGAUAAACUUCAAAAUUGUGACUCUUCAUUAGAGGUCAUAGAUUGGGUCCAUCAGCAAUGUUUUUUUUAUUACAAUUUACCCCGAGUCAGCAGUAAUUGUUCUUAUGGUAGAACAUCGCAGGUGUUAACGAUUGCGCCUGAUACUGAUUCAGGAAGAUUAUGUACCUGUGAUGGUACCUGUUACGACUCCUCCCAUACACCCAUGAGUCCCAUUGCAAACGUUUAUUCACGAAGGAGGAAAGCACAGCUCCAAAGACAAGCUAUCGGAGCAACCAAUGCACUAACGGGGAGCCAAUGGGGGAGUAAACAAUGGAGGAGAAUAAUACUACUCAAGGACAUUUCGCGUAUAUACAAGUCGAUUGAAGAUCUAGAACGUAAGGUAGAAGUUGAAGAUCUACUGGGGUAUCACUCUACAGGUGAAGGAUUUACAUGGGAAAGUUUGGGGGACCUUUUACCCAAGUCGGAUUUUCAACAAGAAUGUUCCAGAAUGCAUGGCGCUCUCAUGGCUUGUGCAAGCGGCUCAGCUAUCGUCGAUGUGAAGAAUAGCGAUCUUCUUCUAAGGCGCAGCUGUGUUACGAUUGUUGGAAUUAUUGGCUGGUUGCAAAUUUGGUCACCCGAAAACUGGACCACAGUAUUGCUAACGUCUGAAACAACGGAAAUAUCUAUGGAUAUAUAUGAAGAUGGUGAGCAAGCCGUUGAUCGUGAGUUUAUUGUGGCACUUUCAGGAAUCAUAGACCGCAGCACAAGAGCGGUUAUUCAUCAUUGGGACGUUCUCGCAGAUUACUUUGAAAAGCUACUCAGUGAGAGCGACACUUUACUAGAGCCUGAGUUACACGACCUCUUACUUGUGGAUGAUUCAAAAUAUUCUAAGUCGAAGAAAUACUUCUGGGCUUUGAACAUUUUAAAGGAGAUUGAAUCAGAUAUCGCUGCAGUCAUCUCGCAGCUUGAAGGGUUCAUGGACUUUUCGCAAAACUCACUGUUGAAGAAAUACUUCCCUUUACCAGAAGGCAAAAUAAGUACACAGCGAGAGAGAAUUGUGAAAACUGUUUUAGGUGUGUUGAAAGAAGAUCUCACCAGGCUACAAAGUCGUUUUAGUGACCAGCGAGAGCUUACCAAGGAUCUCCGAGACGGCCUGUUCAAUGCUAGUGCAGUCAUGGAAUCGAGAGCUUCGACGAGAUUGGGAGAGAAUUCAAUCUGGAGCAUCAAUGACAGCGCUCUAGAGCAUAUCGAUAUCAUGAUUGGUGUCGCAGUUGUCUUGGGCAUAGCAACCUACUUCGUAGUUUUCAACGUCAACAACAUCGUCUUCCUUUCAAAUCAGAUUAUCAAAAAUCUAAAAACGGGUGCCAUUGAGCAUAUGAAGAAAAAUGAGGAUACUGUAUGGAAACAAAGAGGUGAAGGGUUGACAGAGCCCGCUCUUGCAAAUGAGCAGAAUGCUACUCCUUCAAGUUGGCGUAUUCCUCAGUAUGUAUGGUUGUUGGCUUGGAACUGGAUUGCUACAAUUGUGGGUUACAUAUGGAGUCCAAGGAGAAAGUUAUUCGAGCGGAUAGCCAAGGAGAAGGCGAAACAGACGGAGCAGGGUAUAGAGUAUAAACCCUCCAUUAUCUUCCGCAAUUGGGAAUCCAAGAUGGCUCCACAAACUACCGACUGGGCAGUCGAGCUAGUCAAAGGUCGAAUGACCACAACUAAAGAGGGAUACGAAGAAAUGGACAAGCAGAUGUCACGCAUGGGCUUGAAGGGUGCUUAUAGUCCGGCGAAUGUCUAUCCUGGAUCUCCUUUCACUCCGAGCUCGAAGCCCACACCAGAAGCAGUUCGUGAGAAGGCUCGAUUGUCAUCACAAGAGAUAUUAUCGGAUUGGAAUACAUUGCGGGCCACUGUUCAAUGUUGUGAGCUUAUUCUUCACGACUCCACCAAAUCGGGUGCUUUGCUCGACGCAAAUACUCCAACGGGUGUUACACCGGAUUCUUUCAUUGCUCCAGAGCCCACUGCAUCUGCCGUCACCGAAAUACUUCUAUCUCUAUCUCUGGCCACCAUUUCAGCGAGAGCACCGUAUCGUUUACCAACGAACAUCGAUUUUGAGCGCCUCCGUGAAAUUUUUGCAGCAAGACUUUCAGCAGCAGAAGACUAUAUCUUUGAUUUGAGGGAGGAUCCUGGUUUUUUUUCUGACACCAUUAACGAUUGGAGCGAGCAUCGGAAUGAUACAUUGUUAGACACAAAUGGCAACCCACAUCCGACUGGGCCACACACUCAGGAUUUCUGGAGCCGCGUGGUUAGAAAAAUCAUCGAUGACGGAUAUUCUAAUCACGAAACCUGGUUUAUCCUUCAUCGUCAAGCUGCUCUAUCAUGCAUAUUGCUGGAAGAAUACAAGGAUGAAACUUCAUAUAACAAACAACUUCCCAAGGAAUGUCUCAUUGCAAUUCUGAAGCUUGGGGAACUUCUCAAGAUAAGUGCCGAAGCACCAAUCAACUAUCUCCAGAAUAUCCAGUCCUCGCCACCCAUCCGACAUCACUUUACAUGUGCUCCGCAAGCACCUGGUAUAAUCAACAUGCAUAUAUUGCCAAGAGAUGAGAAAAGUCCAUUCUUUCACAAACCGUGGGGUCUUUUAUUGAUUUUGUAG